AUGACGACGCCGCACCGGUCAGCCACGACGCUGCCGCCGAUUGACGACGUGAUGCAGAUGCCAUUCACCUCCUCGCCGCUCCCUCUGCCGCGUCUCCGAACUGCCUCGAGCUCGUCACCCAUGCCGGCCUACUUGACCGCUCACCCUCGGGCUGCAUCCACGACCACUUACCCUAUCCAGCCCCGAGUCAUAGGCCGAAAUGCUCCGUCGUCGUCCUGGGCCGACGUCGCCUGCUCGCCACCUACACCCGCACGCACCCGCCGGACAUCGGCCGGUUCGGGCACAACUGUGCUCCGCCCGCCCGUACGCACGAAUACCACACCUUCCUGGCCACAUCUUGCCUUGGCGCCUCAGCCCUUCCCCCGGCCAGCAUACCUCGAUAAUAGCUCUCUACGGAGCCUACUCCAAACGGAACUUCCCGAACAAGCCUCGUCCAGCUUCGGGCUUGGCGACGAUGAGGCGAAGCGCGGGCGGGCCGCGCAGAGCGCAAUGAUCGGCAGCACACCCGUGUUCAGGCUACCGACUCGCUGGAGCGAACAAGACCGGCAUCCAUACUUGAGCGUGAGCCCUGACGGGCGUGAGCUCUCUUACAGUGGUAGCCAGUCAGGGGAUCCAGGACUAGCGCGAGCGAACCAUGCCGUGCCGCCUGCGUGCGGCGUAUACUACUACGAAGUUGACAUCCUCAGCAAGAACGCAAAGGCGCAGAUCUCUGUGGGGUUCACUUCGAGCACAAAUCGACUUAACAAGCUGCCCGGCUGGGAGAAGGACAGUUGGGGAUACCACGGCGACGACGGUUACUCCUAUGCAGCUGAAAAGUCCGGCCAACCUUAUGGGCCCACCUUCGGCAGUGGCGACACUGUCGGCGCUGGUAUCGACUUUACCACCGGUCGCGCCUUCUUCACGAGGAACGGUACCCUCAUCGGACCCGUCUUCGACCUCACACCUUCUCUAUCGCCCCCUUCAGGCGCACGCGAGGCAGGCGAACCGAUUCUCUACCCCGCCGUCGGUCUGCGCCAUCAACAAGAAGCCGUCCGUGCGAACUUCGGUGGCUCGCCCUUCCGAUUCGACAUCGAAGAGCACGUCCAGAGCGUACGCGAUGCCGUCUGGGCCCAGAUCAACCGCGUCCCCAUUGCGCCCGCGCGUUUCACAUCUACCCCUCAGCCGCCCGCGACUCCGAUGGACGAAGACGCCGACGAGUCGACUCCUGCGCCAGUACCAGAAGUCAGCGCGGACCAGCGCGCGGCCGACACCCGCUCGGCGCUCGGCGAACUCGUACUGGGAUACCUGAUACAUCACGGAUACGCUGGUGCCGCGCGCGCUCUGCACGCCCAGCUGUCCCGUGAACCUCAGCCGGACGGCGGCGCGCCGGGCGUGGGCGGCCCGGAGGCGCCGAGUGUGCCCACAAUCGCGAUGGACGGAGCCGAGGGCGAUUCACUCGACCAACGGCUUGCGGUCCUACGCGCGAUUCAGGAGGGAAAUAUCGAUGAGGCGUUGGGGCUGAGUGAGAAGUGGUUCGCCGGGGCGUUGCAGGCGGGCGGAGGACGGGUGAGGUUGGCGUUGAGGUGCAGGAAGUUCGUGGAGCUGGUCAAUGGUGCGGCAGAGGUCAAGAAGCGCGUUGAGGCGCGUGCUUCGGUGCCGCCUACGCCUGUCGGAGACGGAGAUGUAGACGGGAUGGACAUUGAUGGGGUCGCGGAUGGUGCUCCCGAUGAGACGGCGGAGGCGGAGGCUGCACUGAAGGCUGCCAUCGUGUAUGGUCAGGGAUUGAGGGCGGAGUAUAAAGGCGACCCGAGACCCGAAGUGCAGGCUGCACUCGACAAGGCGUUUGGUGUGGUCGCGUAUCGGUUCCCGAGCGAGGCGCGUGGCGAAGUCGGUCGUUGGGCUGGGCAGGCUGGUCGCGAUGAGUUGGCUGAGGAGGUUAAUGCUGCGAUCCUCGAAUCCCUUGGCUCUCCUCGCCAGCCAGGCCUCGAGCGCGCUUUCCGCCAGACUCUCGCCACAACGACACAACUUGGCCUUCUUGGCUGCGGCGCCGCGGUCUUUGCAGACGUCCGGCGUGAGCUGCUCGACGCUUAG